UUUUGCAGUGCCGUGCGUGGUUGGUUUGGUGCCUCGGCCGGUCAGUCCUGACGAUGGAGUGCUUUUUGCAAAAGGCGUCGAUCCUUUCUGCAGCUGUCAAGCCCAGCUUUCUACCCUUCGACCCUGGGUAGUUAGUUGUAUUUUCAUCUUCACAUUCGCUGUCUGCUCUUGUGAAUAAUAUACUAGUAUUAAACCGAACAACAAUGGCUGCCGUGCCCGACUCCAUGACCGGUCUGCUGAAAAGCAACCCCACAAAGUCCUACGAUCUGACCACGCUGCCUGUUCCCAAACCGGAGUCCGGAGAGUUGCUGGUCAAGGUGCUCCGUGCCUCUAUUUGCGGAUCCGACAUUAUGCUGUAUAAUUGGACGGAGGGUGCACGCGUCAUUGCUUCACUUCCGUUCACUCCUGGUCACGAAUGUGUUGCAGAGAUUGUUUCAGUCGGGUCGGACGUGGGAGCGGAGUUUGAAGUCGGCAAGCGCGUAUGCUGCGAGAAUCAUUACUAUUGUGGACACUGUUAUCAGUGCACACACGACCAGCGUCACAUUUGCCAGAACCUCAGCCAGUAUGGACAUGGCAAAGGCACCGUCCAUGGAGGUUGCUCUCAAUAUAGUAUCAUUCCGGCUCGCUAUGCGUACUUACUGAAAACCAGCCUGGACAACGACAUUGCAUGUCUGCUAGAGCCUUUUGGAGUGGCACAUCAAGCCUGCGAAGCUUUGGAACCCAGUGGUGAUACAGUUCUCGUUCAGGGCUGUGGCCCUAUCGGGAUCUUCUGCGUUGCGCUGUGCAACCUCAUGGGUGCCUCCAAGAUCAUUGUCACAGACAUCGUGGAUGAUAAACUAGAGCUGGCGCGGACAUUUGGUGCCACCGUACUCGUCAAUGGCCUGAAGGAAAACCUGAAAGAAGCUGUGAUGCGAGAAACUGGUGGUGACGGUGUUGGUCGGCUAGUGGAGGCAUCCGGUGUGGCUCCCAUGUUGAAUAACUGCUUUACUUUGCUCAGGAAGGGAGGCACGGUGUUGGCUGUAGGACUACCAAAGGCUCCUCUGCAUGUCGAGAAUCCUUUACCCGAUGUCAUGUUCAAGUCGUUGACACUGCGCACCGUCCACGGCCGCAAGAUUUUCAGCACCUGGGAGAAGUCCGAGGAGAUUUUAGCCAGUGGAAAGAUCGACAUCUCGCCCGUCAUCACCCAUCGCUUCCCACUGACCAAGUUUGAAGACGCUUUUGCUGCCCUGUUCUCUGGCGCUGCGUGCAAGAUCAUACUCGAUCCUCAAACCUAGACGUAUUGCUUUUCUCUCACUUUUCCCGUCCAGCAUUCUCCUACUUGGCAGCGUCUGUAGUGGUGGAAUGCUGGUUUUGCCAUGCUUAUGCGCUUCUUUUCCAAUGCCAUGGUGCACUGCUCUUCUUCAGAUUUGUUGUCGAAAUUCAUGGACUUCAUAUCAAAGGAGCAUAUCUAUUACAUAAAAAUGAUAGGUAAAUCUACCUUCCUAGCUAUAAAAUUACUUUUUACUACCCAGUCAUAGAAUGUGAGGAGAGCUAUUUUCUUUCUAAUUUUUACAAUGUAGUACUGUGCAUGUACUAGAUGCUUUUGCGCUGUGCUCCUCAGACAGACAGACUUUCGCUAUAAGGACACGUGUUCAUAACUCUACUAGAUAGAACACUGUGUAUUCGCUGGGUAUAAAAUAUGGAUAAGAAGAACUCCCGUUAUUGCAAGCAAA